UAAAGAAACAUUGACAAAAAAAGUUCAAAGUUCACCAAAUAUGGCUUCCCUUUACUCCACCAUAGUUUUCUUGUUUCUUUUCAUGUUCCUUGGCCUUACCAGUCAUGGCAAAGCAGCACCAACAUACACCUCCCAUUACUGUGAUAAUACCACUUCCUUCACGCCCAAUAGCACCUUCCAAGCCAAUAUCAAAACCCUUCUAUCCUCUCUUUCUUCCAAUACCAAUAGCAGUAAAAAUGGGUUUUACAAUAUAACCGCAGGGCGAGACCCCAACUUGGUCUACGGUACCUUUCUUUGCCGGGGCGAUGUAUCUGCUAAUCUCUGUCAAAAAUGCGUGGAAACUGCCAGCAACGAUAUAGCUCGACGGUGUGUUACGGAAAAACUAGGUGUGAUUUGGUACGAUGAGUGUACUGUUCAGUACUCUGAUCAAAACAUUUUUUCCAUCAUCCGUGAAGUACCGGGAAUGGAUAAUAGCAGUUCAGUAAGCAUCCCGGGCGACAAAGAUCGUUUUGAUCAGUUAUUAUCGGACCUAAUUGUACAAGCCCAAUUUUAGCCCGAGGCCCAAAACCCGAACCAAACUAAACCUAACCUAAACAGACCCAAAAACAAUCCAUGGCCCAAUACCAAACACCCAAUUACAACCAGAAACCCAAUAGCCUAGACCAAAACCCGAAGCCCAACAGGCCCAAAAUAGACCAACAGACCCAAGCCCAAGUGUCAAGGGUCAAACUAGGGUUUCAGCUUUUCUGAAACCCUAGCGCCGCAGCCACCGACCCCAACUGCCACCAAGUCUGCCACCGCACGGCCUCCUCACUGGCCUCACCUGCUCCACCUGCAAAACAAAGAACAACACGCAACAACAAAGGACAACAGAGAGAAAACAACAAAGAAACAAACAAAGGAACAGCAGUAGACAAAAAAUAAAAAAAACAAAUGGAAAAUGACAAAAAAAAUAGCAAACAGCCCUAUAAAGGCUGAAAACGAGACUAUUGUAUUUUCUCUCUUCGACAUGAAUACAAAGAAAAAAAAAGAAAGAUCUGAACUUUUGAAGUUUUUUUCAUUUUUGCAUUUUAGAUCUAGGGUAUUUAUUAUUAUUAUUUCAUCUACGAAAAUAUAAAAAAAGGAGGAGAAGGGGAAUACCUGGAGUCUCCCGCAAGUCCCAUCGCCAGAGCCCUUUGCGACCGCCAGAAUCGUGCCGAGGGAGGGCGCGGGGGUCUCCUUUUCCUCCGGUCUUUGGGCCAAGAAAGGCACCGUCACCAAACGGCCUUUUAAAUCGGGUUAAAAUCGACCUUCGGGUCGCACGCCACCGCCCGUGGUGGAUCUAUGGCGACGCAGGCGACGGCCCUAUUGGCCUGAUUGGAGGGCUGCGAGAGAGAGAAUCUGAAAGUUCUCUGAAUUUUUUUUAAAAAAAAGAGGGGUUAAACUGAUUUUUUUCUUAUUUUUUGCAUUUAUAUUGGGUGUAAUACGGCGCCGUUUUGGGCCUUGGUAUCAGUGGCCAAAACGGUGCCGUUUUGUCGUUUACUCGACCCAGUGGUACCAGGAUCCGCGUGUUUUGUUGGGAGGGGCUAAUUUCAUGUUCAGCCCCUCCGCUUUUGCAAAUAGUGUAAUCAGAUUCUUCUUUAUUUUUGAUUUGGGCCAUAAGAUUUACUGCUUGUUUCAUUUUAGUCCAUUGAAAUGCAGCACAGGAGGUCAAUGGGAUAUUUUCCCGAUUAAUCUCCGCUUUACUUUGCGCAUUUGAA